GGCCUCAGAGAUGACGGCGAGCUAUAUAACAUUAACCCUGGAUUCUGAACAUCGACUGAUGACACAGGACAGCAAACACUACCAGGAGGCCCUGGAGAGUGUGGUGGAGAGGAAGUCAGUGAUGGAGGAUGAUGAAGACAAGGAACAGACUCUCUGUGCAGAGAAUCAGGAGGAAGACCACCUGAAGAAGCCUCGCAGAAAGGACACACCCGUCCUCAACUCUCCUCCACAUAUACCAGGAGUGAAACUGCUGAAGGUGGAGAAGCAAAUGGUCCACUUAGAGGAUGAGGAAAAGGAUGUCAAGAAUUAAUUUUUAUUUUGUUGUCAAAAUAUAUUUUUAUGUUCACAGUCUCAUUAAAUGUUGCUUUGACCAAAAAUUCAAUUUUCACAUUGUGUCUUUUUCUACUCCCCUCACUGCACCAGAAUUAAAGAAAGAUAAUUUAAUGUUUUUGUGGUGGUACUUCAGUUCCCUGACACAAAUUUACAUUACUCUUGUGAAACACAUGAAAUUAAAUUUAAGUAAUGUACGAAAACAUCUAGGGCAUUGGGGUUAAAGUCACAUAUGGAAUACA